AUGGUGACCGCAACAUCCACAGUCAGCUCAGCCUCGAGCUCCUCCGCGCCAGCAACGCGAAGGCAAGCGCUCGCUCGUCUCACACUCAAGGGCAAGCUCUAUCAGAAAGGCACAUCCACAGAUGCGCUUCUCAAGCGCGUUCGUCAAGUACGCACAGAGCUCAGCGAGAUGGACCAGGAUGCCGUCGACGUCAACUCGCUCAAGGACAUCUGCAAGGAGCUCGUCACCCCGGCCCUCAUGCUUCACAAGGACAAAGCCGUCAAGGCCAAUGUCGCCUGCUGUCUCGCCGACAUGCUUCGGCUCUUCGCUCCCAAUGCGCCUUUCACUCCUUCAGAGCUGCGCGACAUCUUCCAGUUCUUCCUGCACCAGCUCACCAUGUCUCAAGGCGGACUUUCGAAACCAAAUGGUCCCCAAUAUGCAGAGUACUUUUACCUACUCGAGAACCUCAGCAAUGUCAAGUCGGUCGUGCUCAUCUGCGACCUUGCUAACGCAGACGAGCUCAUGACCGACUAUUUCAAGGGCUUCCUCGAUCUCGCACGGCCAGACAUGUCCAAGAACGUAGAGAUCUGCAUGGCCGACGUGCUCGUCCAGCUCAUCGACGAGUGUGUGACGCUGCCCUCCGAGGUGCUCGAUCUUCUCCUGGCCAACUUCACACCGAAAGCGAUCAAGCACAACCCCUCGGCGCAUCGCAUCGCUGUCGAAGUCUGCUCCAACACCAAGGAUCGUCUGCAGAAGAACGUCGCUCAGUAUUUUAACGAAGUCAUCCUCUCUGCCACUUCCGAAGACGAUCAGGACGAGCGCCUGGGAAGCCUUCAGACCGCACACUCGCUCAUCGUCCAGAUCAACCGCGUCGUGCCUUCGCUUCUGCUCAACGUCAUUCCCCAGCUGGAGGAGGAGCUUCGAGCGGAAGAUGUGCAGCUUCGCGUGCUUGCAACCAAGGUGCUGGGCCAGAUGUUUGCCGAGAAGCCAUCUUCUGCUGCUGCCGAGACCAGUGAUCUGGCGCGAAGAUAUGCCGGUACAUGGCGAGCAUGGCUGGGCAGGUCCAACGACAAGUCGUCCAGUCUGCGUGUGGUGUGGGCCGAGUCGACAAAGGCAAUCCUCGUGCACCACCCAGAACUGCGCCACGACCUCACUCCCAUUCUCGAGGCCAAGCUCUUGGAGCCUGACGAACGCGUGCGAGCAGCCACUGCCAAGAUGCUCGGCUCGCUCGACUACGAGACGGCGCUGCACCACGUCGAAAAAUCGGUGUUGCUCAAACUUGCAGAUCGAUGCAAGGACAAAAAGAUGCUGGUGCGCAAAGAGUCGCUCGAAGCCGUCGGCAAGCUCUUCGACAUGGCUUACUCGGAGAUCGACAACAACGAUGCUGCUGCAAUCCAGCAAUUCGCGUGGAUCCCACAAGAGGUGUUGAAGUGCCUCUACACUGGCAACAGCGAUAUGCAAGUGCUGGUGGCCGCCGCAGUGGAGAAGUAUAUCUUGCCGAUGCCCACCAACCUCGACGAGGACGAAGCGGCAUGGACGAGUCGUCUCUUGCUUGUGAUGAAGUACCUCGAGCCCGAGGCGACCAAGGGACUGCUUCGCCUCAGCAACCUCAUCUACUCGCGCCCGUCUCUCUACGACACAUUUCUCGAGUGCUGCGAGCAGUACAACGGAGGCGACGUGGCGCCCAACCUCGACUCGAACGUGGUCAAGACCAAGAUGGCCGAUCGCAUUCGACGAUGCGCCACCAUGUUUGCCGAUCCCGAACGCGCAAAGACGGACCUGCACGCGUUUGCCAAGCUCAACGACGCACGCAUCUACCGUCUCAUCCGCACCUGCUUUGACCCGCAGACCGACCUCAAGACGGCUGUCAAGAGCCGCAACGAUGCUCUGCGACGGGUAGAGAAUGCCAAUGCGAGCAUCCUCGACACGCUCACCGUAUUCCUCCGCGGCGGAUCCUACUUUAUCCUGAAUCGGUCUUCGGUGCCUACGCUCAUACGCAAGCUCUCUGCAGCGUCGCCGCGAUCCAAAACGGGAUCGAGUCAGAGCCAGUCCCAGGAGGGGAGCGAGCUGUCGGACACAGAGACGCACCGCGCGUCGUCCAACGAGCUGCUCGAGUUCAUUGCAAAGCGAUGCCCUGCUAUGCUGGCGAUGCACGUGCCCGAGCUGUGCAAGGCGCUCUUCGACGAGUCGAAUGCGAUGCUCACCCAGACGUGCUUGCAGGCGCUCGCCUCGGUGGCGCAGUGGAACGCGGCCAAGGUGCAGCUCGACAAGAAGGCGGUGGAGCGUCUGGCCAAGCUGGUGCUCAAGGGGACGCCGUUGCAGGCCAAAUUUGCUUCCAAGCUGCUGGCGAUUGUUGCUACCGGUGGGGCUCGUGGCGGACGCAAGGCGGUCGGGCAGAAGGCGGGCACGCCGGGAACGUCGGUCUCGAGCAGCGUGGCCUUUGGUGUGUUGGAAGAAGUGCUCGACUCGCUCGCCAAGCAUCUGGCCACUGCAAAAGCGGAGCGACAGGUGGCGAUCCUGAACAGCUUGGCGCAGCUCUUCAAGCAUGCGCCCGAUGCGUCGGAGAACGUCAGCAAUACCGUUGUGCGCACCAUUCUGUCCGACAUCCUGCUCAAACCCUUGCCGGCGAGCAAGGCCAAGGCGUACGCGAACGGCAGCGAGGACUGGAUCGAGGAUGCGGCGGUCGACCACGAGUUGCAGGCCAAGCUGUUGUCGCUGCAGGUGCUGACGAGGCGAUGUGAGGCGUUUGGCGAGACGGACAGCGCCGGGGAGAUGGCCAAGCCGGUCUUCCGGCUGCUGUGGGCCGUGGUGGGAGCGGGAGAGGCCAAGGCGCUCAACACGCCCGCGCCGGCCAAGUCGCGCAUGCGCCUCCAGGCCGCAGUCUGCGUGCUCAAGCUGGCGCGUCACCCUUCGUACGAUGCCUUCAUCGGACGCGAGUACUUGGAUCUUGCCUUCACGAUCCAGGACGAAUCGUUCAACGUCCGCUCGCGGAUCCUGUACAAGCUGCUGACCUACCUGCAAGCGCGACGCAUCGACAGCCGCUUUCUGGCCAUGUCGUUCCUCGCGGCGUACGACCCGGAGGACGAGAACCGCAACAUGGUGGUGCGGUACUGUCAGUCCAACGCGCGCGGUCUGCAACCCGAGCAGCGGCUCAAGCAGCUCGACGUGUCCUUCCCGCGCUUGCUGCAUCUGCUCGCCCACCAUCCCGAUUUCAGCCGGGACACCCGUGAAGAUCUCAUGCAGUUCAUCCGCUACCUCGACUUCUUCCUCGACGCCCUGGCGACACCGUCCAACGUGUCGCUUUUCUUCUACCUCGCCACGCGCGUCAAGGGCGUCCGCGAUGCCGAGAGUCAGGGCGCGAGCGAAAACAUCUAUGCGCUGUCCGAGCUCGCUCAGCUGGUGAUCAAGAAGCGCGCUGCCGAGAAGGGAUGGUCCAUCGAAUCCUACCCCGGCAAGGUCACGCUGCCAGGCGACAUCUUCAAACCCCUGCCCAGCAGAGAGGUGCAACGCGAGAUCUAUGAUAGGUCCUAUCUGCCCGCCGACCUUGUCCGGGUGUUGAGCGAGGUCAAGGUGAAAGCCGGCAAAGCGAGUGGUGCGGGGCCCAAAUGGAGCAUGGCCAAUAUCAGUACGAAGAAGAGGAAGGCCACGGCAAAGGGCAAGAAGGGCAAGGGCAAGAAGAGGAAGAGCAGCGACGAUGAGGAUGGGCAGAGUAGCGAGUUGAGUGAGCAAGAGGAGCAGGAGGAGGAUGGGGGUGAUGAGAGCAGCGAGUUGAGCGAGGAGGAGUAG